AUGCCCACCAACCCCAGCACCACCCCCACCCUCGUCCGCUUCUACGACCCCGCCAUCCAAGCCCCCGACCCCUCCGGCCGCACCGUGUCCUCGAUCCUCGCCCUCCCGGACACCGACCUCGAACACCGCCACGACUACAUCCAACUGCUCUUCCCGCUCCCCGAACCCUCCCCCUACCACCCCACCGCCCCCGUCAUCGACCGCGCCACCUUCGCCGCCUUCCGCUCCCGCCCGGACCUCCGCUCCCGACUCCUGACCUCCCUGACCCGCAUGCUGCACUUCUACGGCCUCGACCUGCCCGCCCGGUCGCAACGACCACCGGCCCGGGACGACGACGACGACGACGACGAUCCGCGCCCCGAGAUCGUGCGCGGCGCCAACUUCGCCCGCGCGUCCCGGAACUGGGUCCGGCGCUUCGACCACAACCACCUGCGCAUCACGCGCAUCGUCCGCUGCCUGCGCGUGCUCGGGCUCGAAGGGCACGCGGCGGCCCUGUUCCGCGCGCUGGGCUCCGUCUACGACGGGGGCAGGGCCGGCAUCGGCGCCAAGUCGAUGAUGUUCUGGACCCGGGCCGCCGAGCGGCCGCUCUAUCUGGCGCCGGAGGACGAGAGGGACGAGGGGCGGGGGAAGGAUUUCCUGUACGAGUAUGAGGCGAGUAGACAGGCGGGAGCUAACGGUGAUGGUGAUGGUGGUGAUGGCGCUCGGGAGGGGAACGGGCAGGGAGGGGAAGGGGCUGGGGGGAAGGAUGGAGCAGCUUGA